AUGGACGAGCUGCGGCGCAUGAAGGAGCGCGUGUCCCCCAGCGACACCCUCCUGGUGGUGGACGCCAUGACGGGCCAGGAGGCCGCGGGGCUGGUCAAGACGUUCAACGACCAGGUCGACCUCACGGGCGCCAUCCUGUCUAAGCUGGACGGCGACAGCCGCGGCGGUGCCGCCCUGAGUGUGCGCGAGGUCAGCGGCGCGCCCAUCAAGUUUGUGGGCACGGGCGAGACCAUGGAGGCGCUGGAGCCCUUCUACCCCGAGCGCAUGGCCAACCGCAUCCUGGGGAUGGGCGACAUGCUCACCCUCUACGAGAAGGCGCAGGAGGCCAUCAACGAGGACGAGGUGGAGGAGUUCAAGAGGCGCAUGGAGUCGGCUCGCUUCGACUUCAACGACUUUCUGCAGCAGUUUGAGCGCAUCAACAACAUGGGUGGCCUCAAAAUGCUCAAGCUCAUGCCGGGGUUCAGCCAGGUCAGUGAGAAGCAGCUGUACGAGGUCGAGAAGAAGGCCAAGAUGUAUAAGGGGCUCAUAGGCGCCAUGACACCAGAGGAGCGUGAGAACCCUGAGCUGCUGAUGAAGAGCCCCAGCAGGCGGCGCCGCGUGGCAGAGGGCUCUGGCCGCCAGGAGGCCGACGUGAGCCAGCUGUGCACCGAGUUUGCGGCCAUGCGGGUGCAGAUGCAGACGAUGGGCAAGAUGAUGAAGAUGGGGGUGCCAGGCCAGUCUGACGAGGCACUCAUGAAGGACCUCAUCCGCUCACAGCAGCCCGCGGUGCCGUCAGGCAAGGCGCGGCGGCGCAAGGACAAGGCUCAGCUGGCGGCGGAGCGGAGGAAGCCCUUGGACAAGAGCAAGGGCUUUGCCACCAAGCGGUAG